UCUGACCUUCCCCAGUCCUGCUUUUGGAGGUUGCAGGAAAGCCGGGGGGGGGGAGGGGGGGGCUGCCACGGGACGGCCCUGCUCAGAGUGGCCCCCUCCCUCCCUCCCGCCCAGGCUGCUGCGCCCCUUUCCCAGCCCCUCUGCCCGCUGGCGGCCCCCCCCCUCCUCAGCCUCCUCCAUCAGAUCUGGAAUUGUGUCCAGAAGCUAAUCCAGAGACGACAGAAGCUGGCACAGAAAUCUGUGAGUACCAAAAAUGGCUUCCCACCCUCUUUUUCUCACUGCAAGGCAAGAGGGAGAAGUCGCUCUUGAGAUAUUCUCUGCCAUCUCCUCCGUCUGGUGAAGGGAAAAGAGCCGCCAUGCAGCCAGCUCAGGGCGGGGUGUCCUUCGAAGAGGUGGCUGUGCGUUUCACCCGGGGGGAGUGGAGCCUGCUGCGCCCGGCCCAGAGAGCCCUGUACAAGGAAGUCAUGCUGGAGAACUUUGGCCAUGUGGCCUCCUUGGGAGGUGACUGGGAGUCAGCAAAGAAAACAAAAGAACCUGCAGUAACUGAAAAAAAAGAUACCUGUCUGCCACAGAAAGAGAACAGUGCGUAUCUUAAUGCAACAAGGAAGGAAGAGGGAAAAUACAUGCCAAGGAAUACUUCCAUUGUUUUACAAGGUGAUAUCUCUCAUGAAGUUCUAGUGCUUCAAAAAAUAUACAAAGGAAGCAAGUGGACUGAGAGCACAGCAAAUGAGGGGAGAAAUCUUGAAAAAUCAGACUUUGAUAUUUAUUGGAACAUGAAUACCAGGACAAAUGUAUUGAAAUGGCUGGAGUGUGGAAAAGCCUUUGAUCAGAUAGAAAAGCUUAAUUCCCCUCAAAGAAUUCACACAGGGGAGAAGUCAUAUAAAUGCCUGGAGUGUGGAAAGAGCUGCAAUGGCAGUGGAUCCCUUGCUGUUCAUAAAAGAAUUCACACACAGGAGAAACCAUACAAAUGCCUGGAGUGUGGAAAAAGCUUCAGACAGAGUGGAGACCUUGCUGCUCAUCAAAGGAUUCACACAGGGGAAAAACCAUAUGAAUGCCUGGAGUGUGGAAAGAGCUGCAAUGGCAGUGGAUCCCUUGCUGUUCAUCAAAGAAUUCACACAGGGGAGAAACCAUAUGAAUGCCUGGAGUGUGGGAAAAGCUUCACUCAGAGUGGAAACCUUAAUCUCCACCAAAGAAUCCACAAAGGGGAGAAACGAUAUGAAUGCCUGGAGUGUGGGAAAAGCUUCAGUCAGAGGGGAAACCUAACUCGCCACCAAAGAAUUCACACAGGGGAGAAACCUUAUAAAUGCCUGGAGUGCGACAAGAGCUUCAGUGAAAGUGGAACCCUUGCUGUUCAUGGAAGAAUUCACACAGGGGAGAAACCAUACAAAUGCCUGGAGUGUGGGAAAAGAUUCAAUCACAGUGGAAAACUCACUAUCCAUCAAAGAAUUCACACAGGGGAGAAGCCAUAUAAAUGCCUGGAAUGUAGAAAGAGCUUUAAUUACAGUGGAUCCCUUGCUGUUCAUCAAAGAUUUCACACAGGAGAGAAACCCUACAAAUGUCCAGAGUGCGGGAAAAGCUUCACUCAGAGUGGAAACCUUACUUCCCAUCAAAGAUUUCACACAGGGGAGAAACCAUACAAAUGCGAGGAGUGUGGGAAAAGCUUCAGUCAGAGGGGACAACUUAAUUCCCAUCAAAAAAUUCACACAGGAGAGAAACCAUACAAAUGCUUUGAAUGUGGGAAAAGCUUCAGUCACAGAGGAAACCUUACUUCCCAUCAAAGCAUCCAUACCAAGACAAAAAUAUUUAAGGGGCAGGAGUGUGGAAAAGCCUUUGACCAGAUAGACAAGUUGAAUUCUCAUCAAAGAAUUCACAAAAGGGAGAAGCGAUACAAAUGCCUGGAGUGUGGAAAGAGCUUCAGUCACAGUGGAAAUCUUAACUCGCAUCAAAGAAUUCACACAGGGGAGAAAACUUAUAAAUGCAUGGAGUGUGGAAAGAGCUUCAGUCACAGUGGAAACCUUACCGUCCAUAAAAGAAUUCACACAGGGGAGAAAACUUAUAAAUGCAUGGAGUGUGGAAAGAGCUUCAGUCACAGUGGAAACCUUAAAUUCCAUCAAAGAAUUCACACAGGAGAGAAAACUUAUGAAUGCAUGGAGUGUGGAAAGAGCUUCAGUCACAGUGGAAACCUUAAUUCCCAUCAAAGAAUUCACACAGGGGAGAAAGCAUAUAAAUGCAUGGAGUGCGGAAAGAGAUUCAGUCACAGUGGAAACCUUAAUUCCCAUAAAAGAAUUCACACAGGGGAGAAACCAUACAAAUGCCUGGAGUGUGGGAAAAGCUUCAGUCAGAGUGCACAUCUUAAUCGCCAUCAAAGAAUUCACACAGGGGAAAAACCAUACAAAUGCCUGGAGUGUGGGGAAAGGUUCAGUCAGACUGCAUCCCUUCAUUCCCAUCAAAUAAGUCACACGGGGGAGAAACCUUAUCAAUGCCUGGAAUGUGGAAAAUGCUUCAGUCAGAGUUCACACCUUAAUUCCCAUCAAAGAAUUCACACAGGAGAGAAACCUUAUAAAUGCCUGGAGUGUGGAAAAUGCUUCAGUCAGAGUUCACACCUUAAUUCCCAUAAAAUAAGUCAUACAGGGGAGAAACCUUAUAAAUGCCUGGAGUGUGGAAAGAGCUACAGGAUCAUAGAAUCUCUUGCUGUUCAUCAAAGAAUUCAUAGAGAGGAGAAACCAUACAAAUGCCAGGAGUGUGGAAAAGGCUUCACUGCGAGUGGGUCCCUUACUAUUCAUGAAAGAAUUCACACAGGAGAGAAACCUUAUAAAUGCCUGGAGUGCGGGAAAAGCUUCAGUCGGAGUGCAAGCCUUAAUCGCCAUCAAAGAAUUCACACAGGGGAGAAACCUUAUAAAUGCCUGGAGUGUGGGAAAAGCUUCAGUCGGAGUGGAUCUCUUGCUGUUCAUCAAAGAAUUCACACAGAGAAGAAACCAUAUAAAUGCCAGGAGUGUGGAAAACCCUUCACUGAGAGGGAGUCCCUUGCUGCGCAUGUAAAAAUUCACAAAGGGGAGAAACCAUACAAAUGCCUUGAAUGUGGGGAAAGCUUCAAUCAGAGGUCACAGCUUGCUGUUCAUCAAAGAAUUCACACAGGGGAGAAAACUUUUAAAUGCCAAGAGUGUGGAAAAAGCUUUAGUCGGAGUGGAUCCCUUGCUAUUCAUGAAAGAAUUCACACAGGAGAGAAACCAUACAAAUGCCUUGAAUGUGGGAGAAGCUUCAAUCAGAGGUCACAGCUUGCUGUUCAUAACAGAAUUCACACAGGGGAGAAAACUUGUAAAUGCCAGGAGUGUGGAAAAAGCUUCAGUCAGAGUGGAUACCUUACUAUUCAUCUAAGAAUUCACACAGGAGAGAAACCUUACACGUGCCUGGAGUGUGGGAAAAGUUUCACUCACAAUGGCAGCUUUAACUGCCAUCAAAGAAUUCACACAGGGGAGAAACCAUACAAAUGCCUGGAGUGUGGGAAAAGAUUCAGUGACAGUAGAAAACUCACUAUCCAUAAAAGAAUUCACACAGGAGAGAAACCAUACAAAUGCCUGGAGUGUGGGAAAAGCUUCCGGCAGAGUGCAGCCCUUAAUCGCCAUCAAAGAAUUCAUACAGGGGAGAAACCAUAUAAAUGCCUGGAGUGUGGGGAAAGUUUCUCUCGUAGUGAUAACCUUACUUCCCAUCAAAACAUUCACAGAGGAGUGUCACAUUCUGCCAAAAGCACUCAAUGACGUCACUGCAUGAGUUCAGGAACUGCAUGAGUUAAAGCAACUUUAUUGAUUAGCUGUUCAUUCCUUGUUACAACCUUUGCUAAGACUAGUGUCUUCCUAGAAGCAUACAAUAGAUAUUGGAGUUUAAGCCCAGCCCCCCCCCCUCAAGCCCUCUUUAAGGCAGCUUCAAGCCCAGGCAGCCAGUUUUCCACUCCGAGAUGGCGAUAACAACAGGCUGUGAGAUUCCAAGCCAGAAGAGCUGUUAACAGCAAGGUUACACAGAAUCAACCAGCUUCUUGAUCCUAGAGUUACACAGAGUUACACAGAACCUUGCAGAGUAUGACAGGAGACUUCCUGACAAGGGGAGGAAGCAUAUACAUGCCUGGAGUGUGGGAAACCCUUCAGUCAGAGCAGAAGCAUUGCUUCUCAUCAAAGAACGUGUAUAGAUGAGAAACCGUAGCAGUGGCUGCUUCCACACACGUUGAAUAAUCCACUUUCAAUACUCUUUAGUGAACAUUUGAAACUGCUUUUCCAUGUGUGGAACAAAAAAUCCACUUUCAAAGGAAUGCUAAAGUGCAUUGAAAGUCCAUUAUUCGACAUGUGUGGAAAUGGCCAGUGUUCAGAAUGUGGAAAAAUGUUGCCUUCAACCAAACCGAGUCCAAAAAUGGCAAAGCAAUAGUAUGAAAUAGUAAACUAUAUAUGAUAAAUAAUACGGGAAAUCAGCUUUAUAUUUCCCCCGCCGGGAUUAAACAUACAGACCUAUUUCCUGAACAGAAAUGUCCUUGUGUGCAUUGGGAAGAUUUAUGUGGUGCUACUCUAUAUCUUAUCUAGGCUAAACUGCUACUUAGAAGGGGGUUCUCUUUGCCUUGCUUGAAGAAGCAACUUUCCAGGAAAAGUCACUGAACACCACAAGACGUAUAUUUCACAUCACAUUUACGCAUUUACCCACUGAGAGCCACUUUGGUGUAGUGGUUAAGAGCGCGGGACUCUAAUCUGGAGAGCCGGGUUUGAUUCUCCACUCCUCCGCUUGAGCUGGGUGACCUUGGGCUAGUCACAGUUCUUU